GAGGAGAUCGAAGAGGCCCUGACUGCCGCAGCGGAUCAAGAGAAGCGGUAUGUUGUGUGCUUUGAGAAAGGCCAAGGCAAGUUCGGCACAGAGGCAAAAGAGAAGGCCGAGCGGGAGAAGCGGCAGCUGACGAAGCUCCGAAAGGAGUUCCGCUACCAGGGCCGAAUCGAAAAGGCAGAACAUCGUGGUACCACAGUUUCACAGCUCGAAAGAGUUUGCGCCUGCUUGGAGGAGAAUUGCUCCGCAUGGACAGAUCACCUACCAGCAAAGAUGUCCAAGACAUCCGGGCAGCCGCUACGAAUCGACUUCCUCAACUUUUACCACCUCAGCAAGUACCUCCUCCUGCCUAUGACGCAGUCGCGGAAGUGUGCCUUCGUCGAGAUGCUCGCUAGCGAGAUCACCGAGAAUCCGACGGAGGCGCCCUUCAACAAGCCUAUGGAGGUUUGCAAGUUCAAGCUGCUGGUCGUCCUCGAUCCCGAGGCUCUGAGCACCCGCCUCUACGAGAUGGCCAUGUCCUUGGACUCCUCGGGGGCCACCUUGGACGUCGCCUGCACGGAUGGCCCGGGCGCCAAGAAAGGCUGA